CCCGAUAUCCACGUCCACCACUUCCCGCCGGCGAUUCUCUCUCCCUCCUCCCUCCGCAGUCACAAUGUCGUCCCGCGGCUCCGCCUCUUUGUCCGUCCGCCGCGCUCUCUUCAUCUUCACCUCCGGCUUCAUAUCAUUCGUCCUCUUCUACAGCUUCGUCGCUUCCUUCUCCCUCCGCAUCUUCUCCUUCCCCACCGUCCCCGCGGUUCGCUUCCCUAACUAUUUCUCAUCUUUCUACGAACCUAGCGACGAAGAGAAGCUUGACAUUGUACUGAGAGGUGCGGCCAUGGAAGACAACAAGACAGUAAUUCUGACGACAUUGAAUGAAGCUUGGGCGGCGCCGAACUCUGUGUUCGAUCUCUUCCUUGAGAGCUUCCGCACUGGAUUGCGCACCCGUAGACUGUUGAGCCAUUUGGUCGUCAUAGCGUUGGACGAGAAAGCCUAUCGCCGGUGUAAGGAACUGCACGGCCAUUGCUAUGCUCUGGUGACGGAGGGAGUUGAUUUUCGGCACGAAGCCUAUUUCAUGACUCCAGCCUACUUGAAGAUGAUGUGGAGAAGGAUCGACUUCUUGCGCACCGUGCUUGAAUUGGGUUACAAUUUCGUCUUCACGGACACAGAUAUAAUGUGGUUUAGGGAUCCAUUUCCACGGUUUUAUCCAGAUGCGGACUUUCAGAUUGCUUGUGAUCUCUAUUCAGGGGAUAGUCUUGGUUUAGGAAACAUAGUCAAUGGAGGGUUUAGUUAUGUGAAGGCCAAUAAUCGUUCGAUAGAGUUUUACAAGUUCUGGCACUCGUCACGCAACACUUAUCCUGGCCAUCAUGAUCAGGAUGUGCUGAAUUUUAUCAAGAAAGAUGAGUAUGUAAAGGAUCUUGGGUUGAAGAUGAGAUUCUUGGACACUGCUUAUUUCGGCGGACUUUGUGAGCCGAGCAAAGAUUUUAACUUAGUUUGCACAAUGCAUGUGAACUGUUGUUUGGGUUUGGAUAACAAGCUGAAUGAUCUUAAAGUGAUGCUUGCGGACUGGAGGAACUUCUUGAGCUUACCGCCAAAGCUGAAAAGAGAACUACGAAUCUCAUGGAGGGUUCCCCAGAACUGCAGUAUUGAUGCUGUCCUUGCGCAUGAUUCUCUACGAAAACGUGUUGAAGAAGAUGAAGGGGAAGAAUAGCAGCGUUCAAGGAAGCAUCGGUGAAGUCUCUCGUGAAAGCAAACCCAGAAGAAAGUCCCAGCUUAACUAUGACAAAUUGUGCGUCAGUAACAAUACAGUGGUUGAACAUGAAGCAACCACCCAUCUACAGUAGUUGCUUCAAUAAAAAGUGGAGAUAAUAGCAGGUUAUAUUCGAGCUUCAAUUGGCUUCUUAAUUACAGUCUCAUAAGCACUGGAACUCCAUGGCAUAGAAUCUACCAAAUUUGGAAGAUGGGUGCUGCUAAACAGGUGCAACUGGCAGCGGAGCUAGAAAGUCUACAGGCUGCAGCAACAACAGACAGUUCAACAGCAAAAGCUUAUCAUUCUUCCAGUCCAGUCAGCUAACUACAUUCUCCGAGAACUAAGGAGCUUUCAAGCCUUAGAUGGGGAAGGGAAAGCAGUUUUAGGGAAGAGCUUUUGACAUUUUUCACUAACUUGUGCAUGUAAUUUUUCCUUCCGGUGUAAACUUGUGUAUGUGUGUCUGAACUUUCAGUAUAGAGUAUGUUAUUUUUGUCACUUUAGAUAUAGAAACCACCCAGUUUAAUG